GCGGCAACAAGUGCGGGAAGCCAGUAGGAUCCUGCCCGCCGCCGAUCCCGCCGAGCCGCCCUGCCAGGCGCGGCGCAUGGAGCGUGAGCGGCGCCAGUCGCCGGGCUGAGCCGCGCGGAGCGGCCGGGACGUGGAUGCGGCCGCGCUCUCCCGUCCCCGCCCCGCCGAGCUGGAGCUGCUCCUGGACAAGAUAUGAGAAAUGAGUGUUGGACGUCGAAGAAUAAAGUUGUUGGGUGUCCUGAUGAUGGCAAACGUCUUCAUUUAUUUGAUUGUGGAAGUCUCCAAAAGCAGUAGCCAAGAAAAAAAUGGAAAAGGGGAAGUAAUAAUUCCCAAAGAAAAGUUCUGGAAGAUAUCUAGUCCCCCGCAAGCGUACUGGAACAGAGAACAGGAAAAGCUGAACAAGCGGUACAAUCCCAUUUUGAGCAUGCUGACCAACCAGACGGGGGAUGGCUCUGGGCCUUGGAAUACCAGCCAUCUGAACUACUGUGAACCCGACCUGAGAGUCUCCUCAUUGAUAACUGAUUUUAACAAUCUGCCAGACAGGUUUAAAGACUUUCUGCUGUAUUUGAGGUGUCGAAAUUAUUCACUGAUUAUAGAUCAACCAAAUAAAUGUGCAAAGAAACCCUUCUUAUUGCUGGCAAUUAAAUCCCUCACUCCACAUUUUGCCAGAAGACAAGCCAUUCGGGAGUCCUGGGGCCGAGAAACCAAUGUGGGGAACCAGACAGUGGUGCGAGUCUUCCUGCUGGGCCAGACGCCCCCGGAGGACAACCAUCCAGACCUUUCAGAUAUGCUGAAAUUCGAGAGUGAGAAGCACCAAGACAUUCUUAUGUGGAACUACAGGGACACUUUUUUCAACUUGUCUUUGAAGGAAGUGCUGUUCCUUAGGUGGGUGAGUACCUCCUGCCCAGAUGCCGAGUUUGUUUUCAAGGGCGAUGAUGAUGUUUUUGUGAACACCCAUCACAUCCUAAAUUACUUGAAUAGUUUACCCAAGAACAAAGCCGAAGAUUUGUUUAUAGGUGAUGUGAUCCACAACGCCGGGCCCCACCGGGAUAAAAAACUGAAGUACUAUAUCCCAGAGGUCGUCUACACCGGCGUCUACCCACCGUAUGCGGGGGGAGGCGGCUUCCUGUACUCCGGCCGCUUGGCCCUGAGGCUUUGCAGCAUCACUGACCGGGUCCAUCUGUACCCCAUCGAUGACGUGUACACUGGGAUGUGCCUUCAGAAACUCGGGCUCGUUCCAGAGAAACACAAAGGCUUCAGGACAUUUGACAUCGAGGAGAAAAACAGGAAUAACAUCUGUUCCUAUGUAGAUUUGAUGUUAGUACACAGUAGAAAACCUCAAGAGAUGAUUGAUAUUUGGUCGAGAUUACAAAGUGCUCAUUUAAAAUGCUAAAAUAUAUACAAGCUAAAUUUUGCAUAGAAAGGCAUAUCCGGAUUAGUUCCCAUAUUGUAUUUUCACAUUAGGUAAUUUGUAUGGUAAACCAUCAGAAUUGCCUUUUUAAGUAGUACCCAUUUGAGGGCCGCUAAGCCCUUGAAUUUGGUACUUUUGUGACGAGGGAAAGCAGGCGAUAUUUCUCACGGAGGAUAUGGCAGGAGAUUGGUUCUAAUUGUUUUUACUGGCUAGUGGUCAUUAUUUUCUAAUUUUGCCCCUCUAAUCUGAAUCAUAUUUCUAGAAUUUGACCAUUGUAAGUUGUUUUUGUUUUGCUCCUCUAUGUGAGAAUAUUUCUGCUUCCAUUAUAAUCAUUGAUUUUUUGUAAUUCAGGUAUUUGUGAACUUAUCAGCUACCAAGAUUUUGUUGUUCACGGCCCAGUGGUUUUUGUGAAACGGAAUUAUGUUAUUUUCAUGAGAUUUGGAUGCGUUUUAAAAAUUGUUUAGAAAAUGGACUUCUGUCACUGCCACCCUAUCAGUAUUUUCUUGUUUUAGUAUGAUUAGUUAAUUUUGUAAACCAAUUAUUGUUGUAAGCCAUCCAGUUCAUCUUGUUGUCUAUGGCCACAAAAAGUUGUUUAAUUUUUCUUAAGGUGGUGUCACAGUAGUUACAUAAUUUUAGAAUUUUGAAAUUAAGAAGUGUGAUUCCACAAUGGUCAACUGAAGAUAGACUCUCCGCUGACAACCAUUCAUAUAAACAUAUAAAAUUUCAAUGUAGGUCAGGAAAGUAUAUCUGACUUUUGAACUUGAAGUGCAAAAAUGAAGUUGCAGGUGUUUUAAGUGGUUUGUCAGUUUAAAACUCCAGAAUGGUGUUCUUGCCAUGUUUUCACAUGUUACUUAUACAAAAUUACUAUUCUAGGUAGUGAUUGCUUCCCUGUCGCAGUGUAGAAGUGCCUGUGUUUUUAUUUAUUGUUCAAAUCAAAGACCAAAACAUUUUCUUAAAUAUAUUUUGUGUAAUAUUUUAUUUGUAUACAGUGUUGUUGAUGGAAUAUUUAACUAGAGCAUGAUAUUUUAAAUGUUAAGAUGUAACAUAUGUUAAAUAAAGCUAAUGGUUAUUUUUGAAUUUUAAAAUUCGUUUUUUGGCGUAUGAAACUAGUUGAUAAAUUCUGCCAAACUAUUGCUUACAUGUACUAUCUUGUAACAUGCUUUCUUGAAUUUUUUUUGUGGUUUUAGAAAUGAAGAUCCCUAUCAGAUACAAUAUUGGGGAAAGUAAAAAAGUGGAAAUAAAGUAAUUGUAUUUUUAA